CUCUCUUUAGCCUUUCGUAGUGAUUCGGGUUUCUUGUGCACUACUCACGUAGUUCUAAAUACGCAGAACAUACGACGAAAUCAGACUCACAGCCUGCAGCGGAGUCAAUCAAGAAAUUCCUAAGCUCACAUCUAGUCUAGCCGUCUAGUGUUUGCAUGCGAAGCGCCACGAUUAAAUAAAAUAAAACCGGAGGUGUUCCUGACUGCAAAUCGUCGUCAAGAUGAUUCUGAUCCGACUAUUCGGCUUGAAUCCCCGUCCUACGCCGCAAAGGAAGUCCCGCUUGCUCAACCUUCCUUUAGAGAUCCGAAACGAGAUAUAUAUGUACGUCUUUGCUUCGUCUCUAGUCAACGAGCCCGACGAGAAGCCUCUGUCGACCUGGGAUCACCUUCUCCUCUGCUGCCGUCAGGUUAAGAAAGAGAUGGAGUCCAUGCCCUCUCAGCCGAUCAUUGGGCUCGUCAAAGCGCAUUGGGAAGAAGAAUUUCCCAAACACCCACUCCAAGUCUCGGCUACUAUAGAAGAUGGAAAAGUACAAGAAUUAGUCGUCGCAAUUCCCCGCGCAGUUUUUCAGCCCGCAUACAAGGAGCAGGUCGCCACAUAUAUUCCGGAUUACGUAUCGCCACUCUUCCGGAUCUUCACGGAGAAGCUAACACUUACCAUUCACGAUGACGGGGCGCCGCUCAUUCACAGUGGACACGUUCCGGUUUAUGAACUCUUCAGCCAGGUUCUCUCGCUUGUCUGGGCUCGAGAUCCGACUAUGACUCGACUAGGCCGGAAGAUUUACUCUAACCCCCUACCGCUUCCUCCUUGCCGCAACUUCUUCAAUACGAGACGACUCGCCAUAAGAUGGGAAGGCCACAUGGUGCCGUGGCAGGGGACCCACCACAGGGUCCUUUUUUUAAUGGGCCUGGAGUGGUUCUUCAGCAAGCCAUGGAGGAGUAGAAUCGGGUUGCGAUCGCGUCAAUUCACUCUGAGUUGGGAGGACAGGACCCAUUACAUUAUUGAGGGCGUCAGCUGGGAAAGCUCCUCCAGGUUUCGCAGGUAAAUGGACAUGAGGCUGGUUUGCAGGGUAGAACGAGUGUUGCAAGUGGUAAAGGUCAGCCUCCGGCCGAGCACAGCAGAAAGACAUAUAUAAGAGGGAAAAUAUACGUGCGACAUCGAGUACUUGAAUGAGUACAAGCUUACAUCGUCGCUCAUCAUUCACUAGAGCUGUGUCGGUCAUUGGCCAUCCCGAAAAUAUAGUGAACCCCCUUGCUCAAGCACUGCUCGAAUUCGCAAGUCGCAAC